CCAAACUCAAAUUAGAGCAGGGGUGGUGAAAAUGUGGACUUCUAGAAGCUAUUGGUAUACAACUCCCACCACCCUUCAUUCAUCAUUGACUUUUCCGACUGGAACUGAUGGGUGUUGGUGGCCAACAAUAUCCAGAGAGCCACAGGUUCUCCAUCCUUGAUCGGAGGCAUGGCAUCUGAGCUGGAAAAGGCCUUCCACAGAUAUGCUGUGUAUGGAGAUACAGCUGCCACUGGAACUGACAUGACGGGCAAGAACUUCUCCAAGAUGUUGAAGGAGUGUGGCGUGAUGGAUGGGAAGCUUGUAACCAGCACUGAUGUGGAUAUCCUCUUCAACAAAGUCAAGAGCAAGGGUGCCCGCAACAUCACGUUUCCAGAGUUCCAGGAAGCCCUGAAGGAGCUGAGCACAAAACGCUUCAAAGGAAAGUCACCCGAAGAUGCUUUGGCAGCUACACACCAGAUGCUGGAAGGCAAAGAACCAGGCAAUGUGGGGGUAACGAAAACCGUCGCGGCUGGUGCAGUGGACCGGCUGACAGACACUAGCAAAUACACAGGCUCCCACAAGGAACGUUUUGACGAAAGCGGCAAGGGCAAGGGCAUCGCAGGACGUGCUGACCUGGUCAGUAACAGCGGCUAUGUGGGUAACUACAAGGGGGCUGGAACCUAUGACAAGUCCCACUAGAUGUGGGGCACAGCCUUCUGAAAACUCUGCCUGUUCCCACUGCCUUGGAAGGGUAGACAAUAAACAUCUGGCCUGA